CAAGCCCCUGUUGGAGACCGGGUCCCCCGCGUCGGCGGUGGGCAUUGCUCCUGCCGGUGCAGGUUCUGCUCGCGCCAGCGGGUCCCCGCGGGCAGUGUCCCUUGCAGCUCCCGGCUGUCGGCAGGCCGGACGGCUCUUGUGCGCACCCCUGUGCCGUGAGAAGAACGUGCGCGAGUGGAGGGCGGCUGUGUUGCUCGCCCGGGUCCGUCGGGGUGCGCGCCCACUCCGGACGCAAAGCCUCCUUCCCCAGCCUCUGCCCUGCCCCCAAACGUCUGGCUGGAGGACGGACAGGAGGGGGCCGAGGUGGGGAGCCGCGGGGCCUGCGGUCUGUGCUGUCGGAGAGCCCCAGCCCCCGCCCGGCUCCGCUCCAGGUCAUUGCAGUGAGGAAGUCCCACGGGGUCUCUGCAGCGUCCUCGGUCACCUCGGGGGGAGCGGGUGCCCCCUUCACUUCCAUGGGAACUUGCCCCUGUUUGCGGCCUCUUGUCAGAGGGACUCGGCGAAACGUGCGGCUGCUGAAAGCUGUCCUUAGGCCGAGCUCCUGGAGGUCUGAAACCCCUAGACCAGCCGACCCGAUUGUAGCCACCUUUAAUGUCAAUUAUUUAAGCCCCGGAUGGUGUAGGGUUUUUAUGCCACGGUUUCCCCCGGAGCCCCCGCGGUUCUGGUCUGUGACCGCGGCUGGCAGGUAGAUUUGAAGCGCCUGAAGCCAUCCUUCAAGAGAAGAAUCAAAAGGGAGGAAAACCCCAGUUAAUGCGAAACCCACCCAAAUGGCGGCAAGUGCGGACGGAGGCCGCCACGUUUCGCUAGGGCACGAGAGGAGCAGAUUGGGUUUCAGGGGCUCACUGCCCGGAACGCGAUCCAGGUUCCAAAGGCUCCCGCCCGGCUUCCCGCUCCCUCCUUCCGUGCUGCCUCCUGCACGCUGAGCUCGGGGUCUCGGGGGCCGGUUCCCCUGCUGACCCCUUGAAGACCUCUGCCCACGCGAGACGCCAGAAGGCCCGAAUCCGCUUUGAUGUCCCCCACAGACACCGAGGCUGCGCGUCUCUCUCCCGCCCUCUUGGGGGUUCAGGGAAAGUGGAACUGGAGAGAAGGCCAGACAGAUGGUUCCCAUCGCUGUCGUGCUCGCUGCUUGGCGGUGUGGCUCCCGUCUCCUUCCAUGGGCCCGUCGCCCAGAUUCUAAACGAUCACUGACGUUCCUGCCUGUCACGAAUGUGCCACUAGCCUGAGCCUCUUAAGACAGGAAGUCGGCCCCGAGAGACAUUCAAGCAGAGGCUCAGCCGCGCUGGUUCCGAAGACCAUUUCGCGGGGAGAGCGGCCGCCGCCGUGGCAGGAUGCGGGGAGACGCGUACCUGCUGUGGGGUGGGGGACGUCGAGACGCCCGUGAAAGACUGGAUGGCUGCUGUGGGAAAUGACUGUUUGGGAAGGGCUUCCUCAGCAGCGGUAUCCUUCUGCUGUGUCCCUGGGUCCCUCAGCUGGCCUCAGGCCCGGGCAGCCCCGGGACGGCACCCGAGAGCUCGUUUGCUGGACACAUGAAGGCAGCUCUGAGUUCCAGCUUUCUGUUCCUUUAAACCCCCCACACCCUUUCUCCCAGUUCUGUCAGGGUGAGCCCCCAAGGAAGCCUGGUGUUCCAAGGCCAUCCUGCCUGCAGUCACCAGGGACAGACGCAGCCCUCCUGUUCCAGGCUAGGACACUUCCUGUGACACCGGAGGAGAUGGGUGGAAGCCCCCCCGCUCCGCCCCAGGCAGGGAGCCGGCGGCCAGGUCCCCGCGGCCACCUGCAGGAGCAGCUGUCGCAGCUGGCGGGUGUGCCCCCUGGGGUGGACGCGGGGGGGGGGGGCAGGGCCCGUCUCCAGGCCCGUGAGUCCUUAACGGCGGGCCAGCUCUCGUCCGUCUCUCUGCAGCUGCUGCUGUCCCUGAGUGGGGCCUACUGUGCCCUGUACCUCCUAGCUACGCUCCUGAUGAUUGUGUACAAAAGUCAGGUUUUCAGUUAUCCUCAUCCUCACCUGGUCCUCGACCUGACUCUGCUGCUUCUGAUGGGGGUUCUGGACGUGACUCGGCUGUAUCUUGGCACCAAGGGCAACCUGACGGAGGCUGAGGUGCCGCUGGCCGUCAGCCUGGUCCUUACCGCGGGCGGCGCCCUGCUGUCCACCUACUUCCUGCUCUGGCAGACGCUGGUACUGUGGGCAGACCACGUCCUCGGCGCCACGCUCCUGGCACUGCGCGGCCUGGAGGCCGUCCUGCAGCUGGUGGCCGUGGCUGCCUUCGUCAGCUAGGCAGGCGGUACCUGGCAUCCCCCACGCUGGGUGGGACACCCCGGACAGAAGCCACGUCCUGGGUGCUCGGCGAUGCCUGGUGGCUCCCUCUCAGCUGCGCCAACCUGCUUGACCGCCGAGGUGAGUGGGUGAGGACGGCGCACGUUUGCACACAAUUGUUGGGAUGCCGUGUUUUCCACGCUGGUCCCCUGGGAGCUCCGGGGUGGUGUGGGGAGCCUGGGACCGUGGCCCACAGCAGGCCAAGUCCUGGACGAGCGUACACCAGGUUUGCAACAGAAAGAAAAAUGCCAGGGAGCCGGCAAGCUCUGGUGUUUGGGGGGAUUUUUGCAGUGGUGGCCCCUUCCCUCUGGGGCUUCUGCAGGGAGGUGGUCUAAAGCCCCGGCACUGAGGGGAGGGAGGCAGGGAACAGGUGAGUGACCGGGAACAGCCUGCCACUGUCCUGGGCAGGGGCUUCGGGGCUCCAGUCCAGGCCUCAGUCAGAGAAACGUCAAGAGCGUGCCCUGUGCUGGAUGUGUCUGCAGACCAGAAGGGCUCCUGGAAGGACUGAGUUCAGGUUCCCCAGUAACUUGCCUUCGUUCGCAUCGCGCCCUGUCCGUGUUCGGGAUAACUGUUUGAACGUCGAGACGGUUGCUCUUGGCCUUGUUGUCGAAUAAAGGAACGUGUGUAGCUGCCUGCAUUUCUCCUAA